AAAUUACCAUAGCAACGACAAACAUCUGUGAACUUCAAGUUUUCCAUACAAAAUUUUAUCCAAAUUGCCUUAAGUAACAACGUGAGAUUAAAGCAUUAAAAAUGGCUAUCGAUUUAAAUGAAUAUUUCCGCCACACUUUUGAGGAUAAAUUACUCAUCAAGAUGCCAGAGCGGGAAGAUGAUCAUCUAACUCCCGCUACUAGGCUUUUAGAGAAACGUCGAGAAAUGACAGAAGUCGAACAAGCUCUGGCAGCUCAGAAAGAGGAGUUUCAAAUGAAAAUGGAAAGUUUGCAACAACGCCGAGAAGAACUAGAAAGAAAGGAGUAUCAAUUGAAAGAAUCUUUAUUGAAAUUCGAUAAAUUCUUAAAGGAGAAUGAUGAAAAACGUAGACGAGCUUUACGCAAAGCUACUGUUGAAAAAGACAUUUCUGUAAAUAAGGAAUAUGAAUUAAUAAGAUUAAAAUCAGACUCUGAAGAAUUAUCAGAUCAGAAACAGAAACUACAGGAAAAAAUGGAAAGACAUCUUGUAUAUCAAAAAUAUAUGGAAAAAGUAGUUGAAACAGCUGAAGAAUUUCAAGAAAUUCGAGAAAUUCUUGCCAGGCACGAUACACUCAUUACAACUCAUCAAGAUUUAAUGAAUAGGGAACAAGAAAAUCAAGAUAGAUUAGAAAAACAAAAGACGAAAAAAUUGAGAUAUAUUGAAGAAAAGAAUAAUGAGAUUCUUAAUUAUAAUAAUAGGCUAGCUACGCUCCAAACAAAAUUGGAUAAAACACAAAGUGAAGCUGUAAAAUGGGAAAGUAAAUGGACCCAUAUUAAGAACACAGCAGCCAAAAAGACUCUUUUAUUAGGUCGAAUUAAGAUAGCAUCUUGUAUUGACCAUAUUGUUUUACCUAGGGCAACUCAUAACCUCUACAUGCUAGUAUCUCGACAUCAAAAACAAGCUACACCACAUGUAGAAGACACCUACGAACAGCUGACAAGAAUACAACAAUUUAUUCAAGAUUUAACGCAGAUAACCCAGGAUAUAAGGAAAGAACAGCAGGAAUUACAUGCCCAUAUCAGCGGCUCCUUAAGUGAUGAAGCUAUAAGCUAUCUUAUAGAAACUGCGAAAGAUGAAAAUCCGGCAUUGGACAGUGACACAUUAGAUAAAUGGAAUAGUCUUAUUCACAGUGGAAAUAAACGAGUUUUUCAGGUCUUUAAAAUCAUUCAAAGCCUUUCAAGAACGCCAAAAGAUAUUCAAAAGAUUACUGAGUUGGUUAUCAAAGAUUUUCAUAAAGAAAAUGUCAAGUAUUUGGAAUUAAGAUCAACUCCAAGGUCUGCAAAAGACUGCAUGACCAAGAGCCAAUAUAUUCGCGCUGUUUUGCAAGGAAUAAAAAAUUGCAGAAAUAUGGAUAUUAUAGUCAAAUUUCUUGUCUCUCUUGAUAGAGGGAGAGGUAUAGAAGAUGCAGAAAAUUCGUUUGCAGUAUUAUGCGAAAUGUUGGACAAGGAUAGAGAGGCUAGAGAUACAAUAGUAGGAAUUGACUUGAGUGGUGAUCCGUCUAAAAACGAUGCGAGAGACUUCAUUCCCCUGUUAAGAAAGGCUAAAGAGAGAGGAUUACAAAUAGCAAUUCAUCUGGCAGAAAUUAAAGAAAAGGUUGAAGAAGUCCAAGAUAUUCUCGGAAUGGGAAUCGAUAGAAUUGGUCAUGGUACGUAUUUACAUCCAGAUGUGGGUGGAAAAGACAAAUAUGUAAAUUUCAUAAAGAAGAACAGAAUACCUCUUGAAAUUUGUUUAACCUCCAACUUCCUUACAAAUACUGUAAAAAGUUUAGAAGAUCAUCAUUUUAGUUAUUGGAAUGACAUAAAACAUCCAAUUAUAAUUUGCACGGACGAUAAAGGAGUUUUUAGAACAAGCCUGUCAAAAGAAAUUGAAAUUGCUCAAAAAAUUUUUAAUUUGUCCAAAGAGAAUAUUUGGAAAACAUUUUUCUAUGGUAUAGAAAGUGCUUUUUGUUCCGAGAAAAUUAGAGAAGAACUUAUUGAAAAAUUUAAAGCUGCAAAGUUGGCAAUGAUUUAA